GCGAGGCGGCGCUCAGACAGACCUGCUGCCGGAAAACAGAGCCGAGUCACCGGGAGGAAUCGGGAGAGACACCGAGAGGAACCGAGGGAGACACCGGGAGGAACCGGGAGAGACACCGGGAGAGACCGGGGGUGAGACGGUGGAAACAGAGCCCUGCCGGACACCAGCACCGGGACUCACGGUGAGGGUCUCCCCAACUCCGCUGCUCUCCUCCGCGGGAGAAACAUCCUCUCUAUCCGCUCCGGAUCUGGAUUAUCAGCGGGUCUUGAGGCGGCGGGACUUCAGCUUCAUGAAGCCGGACAGCAUGGCGGAGGAUCCCCGCGGGAAGAGACGGAAGCAGGCCCACCCCCGGAGACAGACCGCAGGGUCCAGUUAUGAGCGAGUGCUGUCGGGCCCGGAGACGGACGAGGACGAACGGCCGCUUUCUGAUGACCUCACUAACGGGGGAGGAGGGGGGAGGGGGGGGGAGGAUGAGGUUCCCUCCCCCCGGGUCGCCCCCGCCCUGCUGUCCUAUAGAGAGGGGGGGGGCUCCUUCAGAGAGGGGGGGGGCAGCGAGGACCCCCCCUGGAGAGGAGGCUCCAACACACACCUGGACGGCACAGGUGACAGGAGAGAGUGUGAGGCUGUGGAGGGAAACAGUGCAGCAGAGCGUCUGGACGUCUCCGAGCUCGAUGACUUCUUCCUGAAGCGUAACCAUGACGACGACGGUCACCCGGGAUCCAUCGCAGAAUACCUGCAGCGCAGCGACACCGCCAUCAUUUACCCAGAAGCCCCGGAGGAGCUGAUGCGCCUGGGAACACCUGAGGCCGCCGGGCAGGACGAGAGCGAGCACGAUCUCCUCUCAGGGUCGGUGGACGACUUCUCGGCGAUGCUCACCUGUCCGUACUGCGAUCGAGGAUACAAGCGCCUCUCGUCUCUGAAGGAACACAUCAGGUACCGACAUGAGAGCCUCCAGGAGAGAGAGAGAGAGAGAGAGAGCUUCACCUGCCCCACCUGCAGCGACACCUUCAGCCACCGAGCUCACCUGGAGCGUCACAUGACCAACCACCGACCAACCACAGAGCAGGCGCUGAUCGGCGAGGCCGCAGGAAACAGGAAGUUCAAAUGCAGCGAGUGUGGGAAAGCCUUCAAAUACAAGCAUCACCUGAAGGAGCACCUGCGCAUCCACAGCGGGGAGAAACCCUACGAGUGCUCUCACUGUAAGAAGAGGUUCUCUCACUCCGGGUCCUACAGCUCCCACAUCAGCAGCAGGAAGUGCAUCGGCUUGAUCUCGCGGACCGGAUCCAAACCUGGAUCCAGACCCGGGUCCUCCCCCAGCUCCAGCACCUCCUCCCCGGGGAGCCCGGCCCUCGCUCAGCUGAGACACAAGCUGGAGUCCCGGGGGCCCCUGGAGCAUCGGGGGCCCUUGGAGCCCCCCGACCAGCAGCCGGACAUCAAGGCUGAGCCGCUGGACUUCAACGAGUACCGGCUCCUGAUGGCCCAGCACAGGUUUGGGGGUCCGGGGGUCUACUUGAACGGGGGGGUCCACAGCUCCUCCCAGAACCCCCUGCUGGGCCUGGGGGGCCGGGGGGGGCUGGACCUGCUGGGCCUGGGGAACCUGUGCGAGGUCCAGAAGGUGCUCCAGAUCGUGGACAACACGGUGACCCGGCAGAAGGUGGACGGGAACCCGGAGGAGGUCCAGAAGCUCCGGGCCUACAUGAAGGAGUUGGGGGCCCAGAUGGAGGGGGGUGGCAGCCCCACCAAGACCAUCAUGGACUUCACGCUGCAGAAGGUGAACGAGGCCAGGAACCUCAUCGAGUCCAAGAGGAACUUCAAGAAGGAGAAGCCCAGCCACUUGGGGGGGGGGGAUCCAGACGGGCAGAACCACUUCCUGUUCUGCUGCCAGUUCUGUAAGCAGGCCUUCCCGGGGCCCAUCCCGCUGCACCAGCACGAGCGGUACCAGUGCCGCAAGAACCAGGAGAUCCAGGCGGUGCUGCAGCCGGACAGCAGCCCCCCCGAGGGGUCCACCACCGAGACCGCCACCAGCCCCCCCCACCCCUUCAAAGACCUGGUCUCCCUGCUGAGGAACUACUUUGCACUGAACAGCGAUCCCAGCCCAGACCAGCUGCUCCAGAUCUCCCUCACUGUGGGGCUCCCGCAGGAGUUUGUGAGGGAGUGGUUCUCCCAGUGGAGGAACCAGAACCAGAGGGGGGGGGGUCUGAAGAGGAAGACCCCGACCCCAGACCUCUGCCAGUCCCCCAUAAUGCACUUCACUAACGGAGAUGCCUCCCAUAGACUCAGUAAGACCUCCAGGCCGACCGGAGGGGAUGCUCUGGACCCCCUGAGGACCAACACUCCCUCCCCCCUCAACCUGUCCUCCACCUCCUCAAAGACCUCCUACACCCCCAACAGCCUGGCCUCAGACGACCCCCCUGGGGACUCCCCCCUCGACCUGUCGCUGCCCAAACACCUGGUCCAGAAGCUGCUGUCCAAGAGGCCCCGGGUCAACGGGUUCAGUGAGGACCUGGUCCACAUCAAGAAGGAGGUCCUGGUCUCGGAGGGGGGCUCCAGUCCCCUGUUCGGGAUGAACCCGUUCUCCGGAGGCCCGGUCUACUCCUCGCUGCACCCCCACGGAGCGUUCCCUCCGCCCAGCUUCCUGUCCGCGGCCCAGGUCCCGGGCCUCAGCUCGUACCCAGGUCUGGACCCCCUGAGCUUCCUGCCCCACAUGGCCUACAGCUUCAGCUCCUUCAACGACAUCCAGCAGAGGAGGAAGUACCAACGGAAACCUGGAUUCCAGGUGGAGUUUCCUGAUGGGGACUUCCUGCUGGACGAUGUGUCGGACAGGAAGCUGAAGAAGACAGAAAGCGGUACGUACGCCUGUGAGCUCUGCGACAAAACAUUCCAGAAGACCAGUUCCCUCCUCAGACACAAAUAUGAGCACACAGGAAAGCGCCCCCACCAGUGUGAGAUCUGCCAGAAGGCGUUCAAACACAAACACCACCUGAUCGAACACGCCCGCCUGCACUCCGGAGAGAAACCCUACCAGUGUGAUAAGUGCGGGAAGAGGUUCUCCCACUCGGGGUCCUACUCGCAGCACAUGAACCACCGAUACUCCUACUGCAAGAGGGAGGCGGAGGAGAGGGAGGCCGCCGGGGGGGGCGCCGGGGGGGCGGAGGACACCCAGCUGAUGAUGAGGAGGGUCCUCCUGCAGGGGGGGGCAGGGUACCCUCAGGAACCAGGUCUCAAUGAGAGCAUCCUGCAGGGGGGGGCAGGGUACCCUCAGGAACCAGGUCUCAAUGAGAGCAUCCUGCAGGGGGGGGCAGGGUACCCUCAGGAACCAGGUCUCAAUGAAAGCAUCCUGCAGGGGGGGGCAGGGUACCCUCAGGAACCAGGUCUCAAUGAGAGCAUCCUGCAGGGGGGGGCAGGGUACCCUCACCCACAGGAGCCACCAGAAGAACCAGAAGAACCAGAGGAACCAGGUCUCAAUGGUCUCCUGCAGGGGGGAGGAUACCCAGAGGAACCAGGUCUCAAUGGGGAGGACAGACGGGAGGCAAGUUUCAGGGAGGGAGGCGAGGAAGAGGAGGGAGGCGAGGAAGAGGAGGAAGGAAGCAAAGACUCACUGAGGGACGAGAGUUCAGGAGACGGGAAGAUGGUCGGGAGGUCGGACCAGGAGGACUGAGAGAGAGAGAAUAUGCUUUUAUUUUGAAGGGACUGUACAGGAAGCGAGGGGAGCAGAGAGAGGAGACUUUUAUUUUGUAUUUGAACCAUCAUUAGAGUUCAUCUCUUUAUUUACAGAAAUCAAAUAUCAGAAAAAAGAACUGAAGAAUGUGUUGUUUAUAUUUUGAUGUCUCAUGCCGUCUAACAGGAAGACAUCCGGCUCUCCGUCAGAAAUAAACAUUUCAAUGUUUUUCAAAUCUAAAACUAAAGAAACUGGAUCUACAAAUAGUUUCACACUUUAAUACUCCGAACUGUUCAUGAAUAAUAAAGGGUUGAACCUUUGAUAGCAUCGUCACUAUCAGAGAGUCCAGCUCUAAAGAGAGUUAGAAAUCUCACACAUUUAUAUCUGCUUUAUAUGAAGAUGAAACUUAUUUCCAGCUCCAGGUCUGACCAGGUAUUUAGAAAGUGAUGAAACUAAAGUGAGCGAGUGAUAGAGAUGAGAGAACAGGUGUCUCCUCUGUUCCACAUUAUGCAAAGAACAAAGAAUGAAGACGCUCGUUAUAGAGAGCCGUGUAUAUGUACAGUGUUAAAGAGGCCUGAAGCGUGUGGGCUAACGUGUUCUUACCGUGUCCCGCGUGUUCUUAGCGUGUUCUUAGCGUGUCCCGUGUGUUCAAACCCAAACUUCAGGAAAAUGAACUCGAGUCCCCAACCAGAAGAAGAGUUAAAAGAUAAAAGCACUUCCUGUCAGUGUUAUCUCUUCUACUGUGACCUUUGUUUGACCUUCACUCUGCCGACCCCCCACACCUUUGGGCCUCCAGAGUUAUUUUAUUGUGAAGGAACCUGUGUGAUUUUCAAAAUAAAACGUAUAUGUGAGUCUUAA